UGCCUCGGCUUUUAUUGUAUAGUAAUUCAGGUGUUCUUUCUUCUUCUUCUUCUUCUAAUAAACCUAGUCACGAAGUCUUUGCUGGCAUUUACUUUAGCUUUAUGAGAAUUUGCUGAUCACAAUCUAUAAAAGUUGCAAUGAAAGCGGGAGCUAAUUUUAUAGAUCAAUCAUGAGCAUUUUGACGACAUAGAAAUUAAUUUUACUGUCAGUUACGAGAAAUAACAGCUGAAACGUCAAUAUGGAAAAGUUUGAAAACAUUCAAGUUUCCACUUCGGACAACUAUACAACCCCCGAGAUGGCUCGUUUGUUUCACAGUUUUCCUCGAUUUUCAGUCUUGAGCUUUCAGCCAGUCUCAAAUAAUUUCGACCUUAAUCUCGAAGAUGGAAAACUAGAACUAAACCCCUAUUUUAUGAGUCUCCUUUUCUAUCCCGCAGCAUGCGCAAUUCUUCUUCUACUUUCUAUUGUCAUUACCGGAAUUGUGUCAUGCUGUAUGUGCUGCCGAGCUCCACCAGAGUAUCUGCACGUGGAGCCUGCUCGGAUGGUGUGGUCUCAUCUCCUUCACCAUCUUCCUCGCAGUGCUCUGCACGUCAGAAGUAUUUCUCAUGGUGGGAGCAGUGAUGGGCAUCUUCGGUCUGAUUGCCGCCUUCAGUCUCACUGCAUGGUACCUCGUGUUCGCCCUUGGCGUGUCUGACUUCUGUAUGGACCCACAUGGCGUGUUCUACAACCAGUCUGACUUUACCCAGACAGACAUGGCCUACUUCCUCGACUGUCCCCCUCCCCACUACCAAGUGCCCACCGGUCCAGACGACAAGGUCAACCCCAACAACCCCUACUCAUCGGAUCUACAGCGUGCGUUUGACAAGUACUACGAGAGCAAUAAGACACUGGUGCAGUUGAAGAGAGAUGCGGCGGUAGAUGGAAGGGAGCCGGUGAUGCUGAUGUUCGAACUGAUCCAGCAGAACAUGCAUAAGGUGAAGGCCAGUCUGGACGCCACUGCCAGCAAGACAGAGUGCAUUGUGGUGCAUCAAAAUCUAGUGUCCGGACUGAAUGCCGUCUGCUACACUUUCCUGGAGGGAGUGGACUUUGUGUUUGGAGCUGGCCUCAUCACAGCACUGUGUCUCUUCAUCCUCGUCAUUCUCUCAGCCUGCACCUGGGGACAGAUGGAUCGACAGGCUGAGUACUGUGCUGGCUCAUAUGACCAACUGGACGAUCCAUAUAGACGCACGACAGGACUGAGGCCACACGACAACGGAAGAUACGGCAUGUACGCAGGAGGAGGCAACUACCACAGACUGGGUCCCGCAGGAGCCAAUGCAGCCGCAGGAGUGGCCGGACCCUCCAGAGAAGGGGGACACCCUCCGCCGCCAUCGUACGUGCAAUCUGUAAGAACAUCUGACGUAUCCGAACUAUAACAGAAGAAAAUCAACUUGAAAACUAACAAACUUGAAAGACCUCCCUCUCCUCACCUCCUUUUGAGGAAAUUGCCAACAGAAACCGAAUAGUCAUUCAUUCGGUCACUUCUCCGCGUACGAACUCACAGUCCGAAGGUCAAAAGAAAUGCUAGCAAAGCAUUGUCACGUGAUCAAAAAUAAACAAUCACUAUCACUCGAAAACGUGGACUGGAAAACUCGUAAAAUAUUUUAUUAGAUAGCUCAUCCCGCUUUCGUCUUUUUCACGUGCACGGAACGACAUAAAUAAUGUUCAUUAAAUCUGAUAGCAUAUUUUAAUUGUUUUCGUAAUGAUCUAGGACUUCUGGUAGAAUUAAACGUCUUAACUGCCCUAAAACUGAAAACCUGAUCACAAUGUAAAUUAUUGAAUUCAACCAGUCUUAUUUAUUAGCCUCGAGUUUUUGUAGUUUGCUUUUGAUGAUGUAGUAUAUUGAAUUUUCGGAAUGAAUGGAGACUAUUUUUCUAGAUUGCUAGUUGAGUUUAAUCUACGGAGUUCAUAAUAAAUCUUCGUAUUGUUCCUAAAUUGUUUCAAACAAACCUAUUGUUGUUGCUUAAUAAUAAUGCAUGCUUUAGUUAAUGUUUGAAGCAGAGCUUCUUUGAUCCUAAAAGGAGAGCGGGUCAUCGCAUUAAAUCAUAGAUAAUAUUAGCUGAGAAAAACUUGUUAGUGCGAUGAUCGCUCUAACUGUUGAAUUUGUACUUAAUGAUUUACCUUGACGUUGAAUAUUCGAGAUGUGAUCCGUGAAGUCCUUCGUUAAAUGUCUCCUUCAGUUAGUCGAAGUUUUUGGCUGAUCAUGAAUUAGGUAAAUAAAAUUAUUGUAGACAUG